CAAAAAGGUGAUAAGACAAUGAUAUGUUGUCACUCCACUCAGCUACAUACUCAGAAAAUGGCACAUUUUUAUUCACAGGGUCUCCUACUAAUAGUCCUGCCAAUAGUCAUAUCAGAGUGCAGAGGGAUUGAGACUGUGAAUGCUUCUCCAGAAGAAGAUGUAGUUCUCCCUUGUUUUAAUGUAUCUGUGAUGGAUCCAAAGAGCUGCUACAGAGUCCAAUUGAUUAAGUACACCACAAACACCAGUCAGGUGAAGGUUAUUCUUGCCAGGCCUAAAACACACAAUUUGCAGGAUGCUAAGCGUGUAAAAUGGCAAGCUAAUGGAAAUGGACAAAUGUCUCUUUAUCUGACAAAAUUACAAAAAUCUGAUGAGGGACUGUACAGAUGUGAAAUCUGGCAAGGCUGGGACUCAGUUUCUGUCAAAAACAUAUCUUUAAAAGUAAAAGACUGUAAAACCCUUCAAACAAUGAAGGCAGCACCCAGCACACCUGUUAACCUGAACUGCCCAGUGGACACAACAUCAGGACAAGGACCCCAAAAUAUCUCCUGGGCAAUAGUGAAAGGAGGCAUCCCUGUAUCUGUCAACUCAAAAAGGAUUGUAAUUGAUGGGACAUCAUUAGUUAUCCAGUCUGUUAAUUACCAUGACAGUAAUUGGUACAGAUGUGAAUAUGUGCUUGGACAAACUCUGCGCUGCUUUGAAAUUAAUCUUCGGGUCCAAGUGGAAAAUGUUGUUGUCACCACAACGGAUCCAGCACUGACAACCAGUGAGGAAAUUAUUUCGGAAACCAGGAAGGAGGGGAGCAAUGGAGCAGUUAUUGCUGUUGUAGCUUCAAUCGUCAUUGGGAUUGUCAUAAUGGCUGCACUGAUAGGACUGUUCAUUUACCGCAGACGCAACACCCAUAGAAUUACACAGCAAACCCAGAGGCACCCAGCAGGUACUUUUGAUGGUUAUGAGAUUGUGACUCUUACACCUUCAGAGGACCGUACAAACCAGCGAGUCAACAGCAUAUACCAACAUAUCGCUGAUGAAGACCUGUGUACUUUCCGGUAUUAGUUAUUUUCAGUCUGCUCAAGACAAAGAAGAUUUUCCAUUAAAGUCUUUACUGUCUAAUAUGUAUCGCUGGCUUACAUAAUCCAUGUAACAUUUACUCGCCUCUAAAGUAUUUGUCUUGCAAAGUAAGUAAGAACAUGGAAAAUGUGUACAGUAGUGCAACAUGGAAAACGUUUAAAAUAUAAAAACACAAUGAGUGCGUAGCAACACACCAAAAGGAAAAACAAUAUCUAUGAAGUGUUACAAUUUUAAUUUUAAAAACAUACCAAACAUGUUUAACAUUUUGCACCAAACAACCCACUGUUAACCUGUUUGUGUUAAUAUAUCCAAUCAUCUCUUUUAUUUGAAAUGACAUGGAGACGUGUUUACCAUGUAAUCUUUCAAUAAAAUCUUUUAUACAAUUUUAA